UCUUGUGUUCUCGUACGGUAGAACUACUACAGGUUAGGAUUGCAGAGCGUAUUUCCGCGUGGUGCAAAUAAUUCUUAGCUCCCUUUACUUGUACCGGUAAUUGGCCGGUAGUAUACCACCUCUCAACGGCUGUAUCGCAUUAUGUAAUGGUCAGGGAAAGUAGACUGCACGGCUUUGAAAAUCGGCAGGAGAAAAACAAAAUUGGAGUGAUACCUACGAAGGAAAGGAGACGAGUAUUCAAAGUGUGCUGAAUCACGAUUUCUGGCUACGAGCAUUGCUGGACCGUCACAGUACGGGUGAGCUGGUGGCUGCUAGCACAGUGUAGAUGGGGGCCAGUUUCGGAAAAUGCAAACACCGGCACACGUAGGGAAGCAGAGCUGUAUGUAAUUGCCGACAACAGCAAUGGUAAUGGCAGUGCGACUCGCUAGCUCCACGGCUCUUGUCUUGGUGGCCAUCAAUCUACUGUCGCUUAUCCCACGUGCUGAAGUAGAGGCAUUCGCUUGGACACAGUGUGCGAACAGUGCAUAUGAGUAUCAGCAUCAAGGCUCAACUUUGAUGACAUUCGACUCGGCAGUAUCAUUCUGCAAGGCCAAGGAUGGAGGAGCUUACCUUGCCAUCCCACGCAAUGCUGUGGAAGAUGCGUGCAUAUGUAACCUGCUCUCUAACACCACCGCAUGGCUUGGCAUCAGAAAACUGAAUGGCAUAUGGAUGGACAUUGAAGCCAGACUAGAAGUUCACUACACCAAUUGGGAAGUUGGAGAGCCCAGUACUGAUUCAAGGCGACCUCAGCAUUGUGUAACAAUGUGGUAUGUACCUGACAAAGGCAAAGGAGACCAAUGGGAUAAUCUGCAGUGUGGAUGGAUCAGGCGUGUUGUUUGCCAAAGAAAAGGUAUAACAUGUAUGGCUCCACCACCUGCCCUGGCAAAUAGUUCCAUAUUGAGCCAAGAGCUGGUGUACCCUGGUAUAGUGACAUACCAAUGUGACGUGGGCUAUUAUGUAGCUGGUUAUGCCGAACAGAAUGUCAGCAAUGCAACAGUGCAAUGUGCACCCAAUGGAACAUGGAUUGGAACCCCACCGACAUGCCUACCUAUCAUGUGUCCUGACCUACCCAACACCCUGGAGAAUGGCAGUGUACGUGUACUGUCAUUUGGUCUGGAAUAUACUAACAACAGGACAUACACAUGUCAACAUGGAUUCUUUAUAUCUUCAGCAGCGAAUUUCUCUGUGACAUCAGUAACAAUGCACUGUCUUUUGAACGGCUCUUGGAGUGCUCCAGUUCCAACUUGCAAGCGUAUAACAUGUGUGGCUCCACCACCUGCCCUGGCAAAUAGUUCCAUAUUGAGCCUAGAGCUGGUGUACCCUGGUGUAGUGACAUACCAAUGUGAUGUGGGGUAUUAUGUAGCUGGUUAUGCUGAACAGAAUGUCAGCAAUGCAACAGUGCAAUGUGCACCAAAUGGAACAUGGAUUGGAACCCCACCGACAUGCCUACCUAUCAUGUGUCCUGACCUACCCAACACCCAUCUAAAUGGCAGUGUACGUGUACUAUCAGUUGGUCUGGAAUAUACUAACAACAGGACAUACACAUGUCAACAUGGAUUCUUUAUAUCUUCAGCAGCAAAUUUCUCUGUGACAUCAGUAACAAUGCAUUGUCUUUUGAACGGCUCUUGGAGUGCUCCGGUUCCAACUUGCAAACUUUUGGUAUAA